GCGGUGAAAGAAGGGGAGUCAGUCAGUCUGUCCGGAGGACACUAAGGGAAUGCUCAGACCUCCCACCAACAUGGCUGCCUUCAGAGCUGCACACCGGCUGCUAGGUCACAUUUUGAGGAAUGAGAGUUCGGCCGGUUUGGUGACUCAACGGUGGAGCUCGAGUGCUGCCGUCGCCUCUGUGCCCAAGAGCAGCGACCCAAAACCACAUGCUCAGCCAGAUAAGAGGAAACCCAAAACUGGGAUCCUCAUGCUGAACAUGGGAGGCCCAGAGACCCUAGAUGAUGUCCAUGGCUUUCUUCUCAGAUUAUUUCUGGACAAAGACCUCAUGACCCUUCCAGCACAAAGCAAACUUGCACCUUUUAUUGCCAAACGCCGCACACCAAAAAUACAGGAACAGUACAGUAAAAUUGGCGGAGGAUCCCCGAUCAAAAAAUGGACGGAACAGCAAGGAGAAGGCAUGGUUAAGCUGCUAGACGAACUCUCUCCAGCCACAGCACCCCAUAAAUAUUACAUUGGGUUCCGCUAUGUGCGUCCGCUAACUGAGGCUGCUAUUGAAGAGAUGGAGAGGGAUGGAGUGGAGAGAGCAAUCGCCUUUACUCAGUACCCACAGUAUAGCUGCUCCACUACAGGAAGCAGCCUGAAUGCAAUUUAUCGCUAUUAUAAUGCAAAAGGGACGCAGCCGAAGAUGAAGUGGAGCGUCAUAGACCGAUGGCCGACCCAUCCUCUCCUUAUCCAGUGUUUUGCUGAUCACAUCCAGAAGGAGCUGAACAUGUUUCCUGCAGACAAGAGAGGAGAAGUAGUCAUUCUGUUCUCUGCCCACUCAUUGCCCAUGUCUGUUGUGAAUCGGGGAGAUCCGUAUCCGCAGGAAGUCGGGGCGACGGUACAGAAAGUUAUGGAGAGGCUUGGUUUUUCUAACCCUUACCGGCUGGUCUGGCAAUCCAAGGUUGGCCCUAUGGCCUGGCUGGGGCCCCAGACGGAUGAAUCCAUUAAAGGCCUUUGUCAGAGAGGGAAAAAAAAUAUCCUGUUGGUGCCCAUCGCCUUCACAAGUGACCACAUUGAAACCUUAUAUGAGCUGGAUAUUGAAUAUGCUCAGGUUUUGGCCAAGGAGUGCGGAGUUGAAAACAUCAGAAGAUCCGAAUCCCUUAAUGGAAAUCCAUUGUUCUCCAAGGCUCUAGCGGAUUUAGUCCUUUCCCAUAUGAAGUCCAGUGAAAUCUGCUCCAAACAGUUAUCCCUGCGAUGCCCGAUGUGUGUGAACCCUGUAUGCGGGGAAGCCAAGUCUUUCUUCACUAAGCAGCAGCAGCAGUAAGCGGAACGCGUGGGGGACAGUACUUCCAUACGGCGCCCCUAAGCUGUGUAUUUUCAUACAGCAUUACCUGAGGGUUUUUUUUUGUUUUCACUCACCAUGAUACUUUUUAUCUGAAAUAUAUGCCUUUUGUAUUUGUAACUUUU